CCCGCACCACCCUGUCGUCCAAGCUGCUGACCCACCACAAGGACCACUUUGCCAAGCUGGCUGUGGAGGCCGUGCUCCGGCUGAAGAGCUCCGGUAACCUGGAGGCCAUCCACGUCAUCAAGAAGCUCGGCGGCAGCCUCAUCGACUCCUACCUGGACGAAGGCUUUCUGCUGGACAAGAAGAUUGGUGUGAACCAGCCCAAGAGGCUCGAGAACGUCAACAUCCUCAUCUCCAACACGGGCAUGGACACCGAUAAGAUCAAGAUCUUCGGCUCCAGAGUGCGUGUGGACUCCACGGCCAAGGUGGCGGAGAUAGAGAUGGCUGAGAAGGAGAAGAUGAAGGAGAAGGUGGAACGGAUCCUCAAGCACGGGAUCAACUGCUUCAUCAACAGACAGCUGAUCUACAACUACCCAGAGCAGCUGUUUGCUGCGGCAGGCGUCAUGGCCAUAGAACACGCGGACUUCUCCGGAGUGGAGCGCCUGGCUCUCGUCACGGGGGGAGAGAUCACGUCCACCUUCGACCACCCCGAGCUGGUGAAGUUGGGCCACUGCAAGCUGAUCGAGGAGGUGAUGAUCGGCGAGGACACUCUGAUCCACUUCUCAGGAGUGGCCAUGGGUGAGGCGUGUACCGUGGUGCUGCGUGGAGCCACACAGCAGAUCCUGGACGAGGCCGAGAGGUCUCUCCAUGAUGCCCUGUGUGUCCUGGCUCAGACCGUCAAGGAGACACGUACCGUCUACGGAGGAGGCUGCUCUGAGAUGCUGAUGGCCAAGGUGGUGACAGACCUGGCUCUCAGGACACCGGGCAAAGAGGCUGUGGCCAUGGAGUCCUUCGCCAAAGCUCUUAGGAUGCUGCCCACCAUCAUCGCAGACAACGCCGGCUACGACAGUGCUGAUCUGGUGGCCCAGCUGAGAGCUGCUCACCAGGAGGGGAAAACCACCAUGGGUCUGAAUAUGAACCAGGGUACCAUCGGUGACAUGUCAGAGAUGGGGGUGACGGAGAGCUUCCAGGUCAAGAGGCAGGUUCUGCUGUCUGCUGCCGAGGCUGCAGAGAUGAUCCUCCGCGUCGACAACAUCAUCAAGGCUGCGCCCAGGAAGCGAGUACCAGACCAUCACCCCUGUUAAUACCACCAGGAGGAAGAGGAGGGGGGGUGAGGAAGAGGAGUUGCUGGUAGGGGAAGGGGAACAGAAAAGCCUGUAUUUAUGAUACUCCUGUCCAAGGCUGUGUACCAUACGUCACUUUGAAAUAAAAAACCCUGAUGUGUUCUGUACCGUU